GGAAGAGGGGUUGGGACAGGGAGGAAUAGCUGGAGGGAGGGAUGGCUGAAUAACCAGGAGGAAUAAAAACACACCCUCUCCAGACUGGACUGGCCGAACAGUAUCCGGUGAGAGGGGGUGAGGGAAAGACAAGAGUAGGGGAGAGAAAGAGUGAGGAGAGGAGGAGGAGGAGAGAGAGAGAGAGAAGGCAGCGCAGCAGCAGCAGCAGCAGCAGCAGCAGCAGCUCUACUCUUUGGUAUUCUGAAGGUUUCCUGUGGGGACAGAGGAGGCUGUAGAUUGAUGCCUGGAGAGGUAACCUAUGAAAGACGCUUUCAUUCAUGCAGCGUGCGCUUGGAGUAAAGUGUCAGUCAGUCAGUCAGUCAGUCAGGUGCACACAGCUGAGGAUCAUCUCAGUGAUUCUGUCAGUUUGACCCCGUCGCUGUGUAGAAUUGUGGAUUAAUUCUCAGUCAUCAGGACUUUGACAUUUCCUCUGAAGACCUCCCGGGCUGUGGUCGGUCUAGACUGCUGCUUGUGAGGAUGCCGUCACCAAGGUGGACCAGGUGGCUGGUUUGGUCUCCACUGGUAUUCUUGGUCCUAGUUGCAGCACAGGAUGAGGUUCCAGCGCCGAGGAGGCUUCGUUUCAAAGUGCUGAGUCCCGACAAACUCCUGGUGACGUGGAAGGAGCCCAAAGGAGACUUUGACAGUUAUCUGUUCCUCUACAACAGCAUCCCAGGUGGACAUCAGAAGGAGCUCAUCGUCUCUAAAUCGGACACCAAGGUGUUAAUAACAGACUACAGCCCGGCCAAAGCCUACACGGUCGGUGUCAUCGCUGUCAGAGGCGGCGUGCAGAGCAAACCGCUGCAGGGCAGACAUAAAGCUGAAAUAGGUGAGAGUGAUGAAGGAGGCAAGACUGAACCUCAGACACGGACUGAUUCACUUGGACCUCCAGAUGAAGCCAAUGAGAUCUCAGGAGCCGAUCAGUUUGUCUGCCGCACAGAAGCCAUUGCCGACAUCUUCAUCCUGGUGGACGGAUCCUGGAGCAUCGGUCGGCUUAACUUUCGUCUGAUCCGCAAUUUCCUUGAAAACCUGGUUAAUGCCUUCGAUGUUGGCAUUGAUAAGACAAGAAUAGGACUUGCUCAGUACAGUGGCGAUCCGAGAAUAGAGUGGCACCUAAAUACCUUCUCCACUAAAGAAGCCGUCCUUGAUGCUGUCAAAAACCUUCCCUACAAAGGAGGAAACACUCUGACAGGCCUGGCAUUAAACUACAUCAUGGAGAACUGCUUCAAGCCUGAGGCGGGGGCACGAGUAGGUGUACCCAAAAUUGGGAUUUUAAUUACAGACGGAAAAUCCCAGGAUGAUGUUAUCCCCCCUUCGGAGAUGCUGCGCAACGCUGGCAUUGAGCUGUUUGCCAUUGGUGUGAAGAAUGCCGACGAGAACGAGUUGCUGUCCAUCGCCUCAGAGCCGGAAAACACUCAUGUUUACAAUGUGGCCGACUUCAACAUCAUGAGCUCCAUAGUGGAGGGUCUGACCAGAACUGUGUGUGAACAAGUGGAGCUGCAGGAUAAAGACAUCAAAGAGAAACAAAUACCGUUGGAAAUAGGACCACCGAGUGACCUUGUGACCUCAGAGGUCACAGCGCGGAGCUUCAGAAUCUCUUGGAGCCACGCCCCAGGAGAUGUAGAGAAAUACAGAGUGGUUUAUUAUCCUGCUCAGGGGGGAGAACCACAGGAGGCUGUAGUGGACGGCACUGAAACCUCGGUGGUGCUGCAGCAUCUCAGCUCCUCUACUGAGUAUCAGCUGUCUGUCUUUGCUGUGUACGUGAACGAAGCGAGUGAAGCUCUCCGAGGAUCAGAGAUGACCUCGGCUCUACCCAGUGCGACAGGCCUGCGGCUGUUUGAUAUAACUCACAGCUCUAUGAAAGCACGUUGGGACGCCAUGGACGGGGUCUCUGGCUACAUGCUGCUGUAUGCACCGCUCACAGAGGACGGGGACCCGGAUGAAACAGAGAUCAAGGUGUCAGACUCUGUGACCGAGCUGGAGCUGGACGGGUUGAACCCUCACACCGAAUACACAGUCACGGUUUACGCCAUGUUUGGAGAGGAGGCCAGCGACCCCAUCACAAACCAGGACACCACACUACCACUGAGUCCUCCCACUAACCUGCAGUUCUCUGACAUCACCCAUAACUCCGCCCACAUCAGCUGGGAUCCUGCCCCCAAAGGUGUCACAGGUUACCGCAUUAUGUGGGUGAAGGCGGGGGAGCUUCUGAAUGAGGAGGUGGACGUCGGAGCAGUUACCUCUUAUGACCUCAGCGACCUCACAUCUCUGAAUGAGUACUCGGUGGCCAUCUUUGCCAUGUAUGAAAACGGCCGGUCAGAGCCGCUCGCCGAUGGAUUCACUACCACUCCAGUUCCUGGUCCUGUGAAUCUACGCUCCAGUGAUGUCAGCACAGACAGCUUCAAGGUCAGCUGGGAUCAGUCCACCGACGACAUCGUGCUCUACAGACUCUCCUGGGCUCCGUUUGCAGGGGGCGACACCAAAGAGGUGAUCCUCAGUGGAAGUGAUAACAGAUACGUCCUGUCCAACUUAAGUCCAUCUACUGACUAUGAAGUGAUGUUGACGGCGGUCUUCCAGGACGAAUCAGAGAGCGACACCGUCUCUGUGGUAGAGACCACAUUGGCUCAGACGACAACGAUUGCUGCCACAACAGCAGUUGUGCACCAGGGUAUAAGAAACCUCCAGCUGAUCGACGAGACCACACAGAGUAUUGAGGCAUCAUGGGAAAUGGAAGACCCCUAUGUUCAGAGCUAUAGGGUCUCCUACACCAGCCCUCGGGACCAUGAAGAAGAGUCUGUGGUGGUUCCUGGUGGCCAGAGGAGAGCGGUGCUGGAGAAUUUACUACCAGACACAGAGUACAAAGUGACAGUCACACCAGUGUAUAUGGACAGACAGGACGGCGUCAGUGUCUCUGCCCUGGGUUCAACAUUGCCGCUCUUGUCCCCUGGAAACCUCCGUGUGUCUGAGGAGUGGUACAGCCGCUUCAGAGUCACCUGGGAUCCAAGUCCAACUCCGGCGUUGGGCUACAGGAUUGUCUACCAGCCCAUUUAUGUUUCAGGACAGGUUUUGGAGACAACGGUGGGCGAGGAUGUGAACUCCAUUCUUCUGUUGAAUUUGCUGAGUGGAACAGAAUACAGCGUUCAAGUGACUGCUUCUUACCCCGCAGGACAAAGUGAACCACAGCUAGUCAACGCCAAAACAUUGACCCUCGGUGUCUCCGGCUUGUCCACCUACCAGGUCCAGCCCAACAGCAUGUGUGUCCAAUGGCAGCCUCUUUUACACGCCACAUUAUACAGAGUCUCCAUACAGUCAACACUCAACGGUCAACGACAGGAAGUGAGUAUUGGAGGCGGAGCUUCCCGACAGUGUUUCUAUGACCUCACUCCCAGCAGCCAAUACCAGAUCAGUGUCCACACGCAACUGCAAGAAAUGGAAGGACCACCAGUCUCCAUCACUGACAUGACAUUGCCAGCGCCCACUCAGGCUCCUACUGAAGCUCCCACUACAGAGCCGCCUCCCACAAUCCCACCUGCUAAAGAAGUGUGCAAGGAGGCCAAGGCUGACCUGGCCUUUCUGGUCGACGGCUCCUGGUCUAUUGGAGAUGACAACUUCAUGAAGAUAACACGUUUCCUCUACAGCACCAUGGGUUCUCUGGAUCUGAUUGGACCAGACGGCACUCAGGUGGCCAUUGUUCAGUUUAGUGAUGAUGCCCGGACAGAGUUCCAGCUGAGUUCCCAUAGCAACAAAGAAGUGAUGCUAGAGGCAAUUCAGCGAAUCAGAUACAAAGGAGGAAACACCAAAACAGGUCGUGCCAUCAAACAUGUUAAAGAAUCCAUCUUUACUCCGGAGGCCGGGGCCCGAAGAGGUGUUCCCAAAGUCCUGGUUGUCCUUACAGAUGGACGCUCACAAGACGAUGUCAACAAGGUGUCCAAGGAAAUGCAAAUGGAGGGCUACAUCAUCUUUGCCAUUGGCUUUGCUGACGCCGACUAUGGAGAGCUGGUGAAUAUUGCCAGCAAACCCAGCGACAGACACGUCUUCUUUGUGGACGAUUUGGAUGCUGUGAAGAAAAUAGAGGAACAGCUCAUUACCUUCGUCUGCGAGGCGGCCACUGCCACUUGUCCUUCUGUGUUGAUGAGCGGUAACACCUUGGCAGGUUUCCGUAUGAUGGAGAAGUUUGGCCUAAUAGAGAAAGAGUACAGCACCAUCCCUGGAGUUUCUCUGGAGCCUGGCUCCUUCAACAGCUUCCCUUGUUACAGGUUACACCGAGAUGCUCUGGUCUCACAGCCCACCAAGUACCUGCAUCCUGAAGGUUUACCAUCUGAUUAUACCAUUUCAAUGAUGAUUCGUCUUCUACCAGAGACCCCCCAAGAGCCCUUUGCAUUAUGGGAAAUUCUCAACGAUGACCACGAGCCUUUAGUUGGACUUAUCCUCGACAACUCGGGAAAGACGUUGACGUUCUUCAACCACGACUAUAAAGGAGACUUCCAGACUGUUACCUUUGAGGACACAAAAGUCAAAAAGAUUUUCCACGGGAGCUUCCACAAGCUCCAUGUGAUCAUCAGUAAGACGUCUGUAAAGGUGGUGUUAGAUUGUUCUGUGAUUGGAGAGAAAUCCAUCAACGCAGCGGGGAACAUCACCACUGACGGCGUGGAGGUCCUGGGAAGAAUGGUUCGAUCCAGAGGACUACAGGACAGCUCUGCUCCAUUCCAGCUCCAGAUGUUUGACAUCAUCUGCAGCACAUCCUGGGCCAACAGAGAUAAGUGUUGUGAACUUCCAGCACUGAGAGUUGAAGAGCAGUGUCCAGCCAUGCCUCACGCCUGCACGUGCUCCCAGGACAGCAAAGGACCCCCAGGACCCACCGGACCCCCUGGUGGUCCAGGCAUAAGAGGGGCCAGAGGAGACAGAGGAGAGCCAGGAGUAACAGGACCUCAAGGGCCAGUGGGAGAGAAUGGUCCAGCUGGACCCCCAGGGCCACCUGGUCCCCAAGGACCAAGUGGACUCACCAUUCAAGGCCCUCCUGGAGCUGCUGGAGCGAAGGGAGACAGAGGAGACAUCGGCCCUGCUGGACUAAUGGGUGUUGCUGGAAGUCCUGGUUCCAUUGGUAGAGAUGGCCCCCCAGGACCGAGGGGUCUUCCAGGAAACAUUGGACCACAGGGGCGACAAGGACCUACAGGACCUGUCGGAGCUCCAGGUGCACCAGGUUCUCCAGGACCAGGUGGACCUCCAGGGCACCAAGGAGAUCAAGGACUUCCUGGUUCUGCUGGUACCAAAGGCGAUAAGGGAGAAAGAGGUGACUUGCAGUCCCAAGCUGCUGUCCGUGCCAUCGCACGGCAAGUGUGUGAACAGCUCAUCCAGAGUCAUUUGUCUCGAUAUAACUCAGUACUAAACCAGAUCCCUCAGUCAUCAGUAUCAGUUAGAACAGUACCUGGACCACCAGGGGAGCCAGGCAGGAGAGGUCCUGCAGGACCACAGGGAGAGUCAGGCCCACCUGGAAGACCGGGUUUUCCAGGUACCAACGGGCAGAGUGGACGACCAGGAGAGAGAGGUCUGCCUGGAGAGAAGGGAGACAGAGGAAGUCCAGGGGUUGGGUCUCAAGGACCUCGAGGACCGCCUGGACCACCGGGUCUGCCCGGCGAAGGAAGAACAGGCAGCCAGGGUUCGCCUGGUCGACCUGGUAACCCUGGGGCUGCAGGCAGACCGGGAAAUCCGGGUGUCUCUGGACCAGCUGGACCACCGGGAUACUGUGACCAGAACUCUUGUCUGGGAUACAACGUGGGAGGUAAGUUUGUGCAGCUGCUAUUUGUACAACAUUUAAUCCACGUGCAUUAGGCCUCAGGGUCAUAAUUUAAAUUACAAAAAAACUAGGGGAAAGCUUUGUCCUUCAAAAGGUUUUCCUGAAGUCCUCCAUUGAGAUGUUCAACAAAUUGGUUUGAACUCUGCUACUGGUCACAUUUAUUUUAUCCAUAUUUACAGAUUUCUCAAAUGCUGUAUUGGGGUGAGGGUUUGUGAUUAUCCAGUUAGAAUUGUAUUUUUGAUAAUUUUACUAAAAAUGACAACAGCAACAAUUGUUUUUAAGCUCUGGCUCCAAAAAAAAAAACACAUUUUCCAUUUAAUAAGCUGAAAAAUUUAUUUUUCACCAGGGAAAUAGACAGGACACAUGUUCUCCAUAAUCUACUCUUCCAAUUUUUGGACAGAUAUCACUGACAAAAGCAGACACACGCACAUGAAAUCAGUUUCUGGCACUUAACAUGAAACAUGAAAAUAAAUAUUUUGACUUAAUUAUGUCUCAAACAAAGUAAAAACACGAACAAAUAUUCAGACUUUACAGCAGUAACAGUAUUUUUUAUUUGGACUUUGUUUUGUUUGGUUUUUUGAAGCUGGGAAUCAUAUACAUUCUGUCACUUGACAUCUUUUAACUAAAAAAGUUAAACUACAUUGGUUAAACUUUAUUUUUACUUCAUGUUGUUGUUACUUUAUAUGAUUUUGGCAAAAACAAGUUUACCGUCUGAACUUGUUUGGUCUUUCUUAUAAACUUAUAAAAGUUUUAUACAGUAUUUAAUUACACAGUGAGACAAUUAUUGUUCUCGUAAAA